AUGCGCCGCAGCCUUUGCUUGGGUGCUUUGGCCACUGCCAGCGGUCCGGGAGCCCCAGAUAGGAGCGUCAGGAGAGUCGAUCCUGGCGCGAGCAAGGUCUUCUUCUCUGAGACCUUCGGCGAUGGCUGGGAGAGCCGAUGGACCCCCAGCGAGUGGAAGAAGAGCGAUGGCACGCAGGGCACGUGGAAGCUCUCGGCCGGCAAGUGGUUCAGCAAUGAGGCAGAAGAUCAGGGCAUCCAGACUGCCGAGGACUCGCGCUUCUUUGGUCUGGCGGCCAACUUCGAGUCCUUUAGCAACUCGGGCAAGGAGCUGAUCAUCCAGUACCAGGCCAAGUACGAGAAGGACAUCGAGUGCGGGGGCGGCUACGUCAAGGUGGGCCCCAAGCUGGAGGAUCCCACGACUUUCGGCGACCCCACGCCUUACAACAUCAUGUUCGGCCCGGACAAGUGCGGCUACACCAAGCGCACCCACCUGAUCUUCAGCUACAAGGGCAAGAACGUGCUGAAGAAGACCGACCUGCCUUACAAGCAGGAGGGUGAGGGUACCUCGCACGUGUACAGGCUGACCCUGAAGCCUGACAACACUGCCAAGGUGGAGAUUGAUGGGGAGCAGGUCUACGAUGGCUCCUUGAAGGAGGACUGGGAGAUGCUGGCCGCCAAGGAGAUCAAGGAUCCUGAUGACAAGAAGCCCAGCGACUGGGUCGAUGACAGCAUGAUGGACGAUCCUGAGGACAAGAAGCCGGAUGGCUGGGUGGAGGAGAAGCGAAUCGUUGAUGCCAACGCCAAGAAGCCAGACGACUGGGAUGAUGAGGAGGAUGGCGAGUGGGAGGCACCCAUGAUUGACAACCCCGAGUACAAGGGUGAGUGGACCAUUAAGCGCAUCUCCAACCCUGCCUACAAGGGCUUCUGGGAGGCCAAGAAGAUUGCCAACCCUGAGUAUGUUGAUGACGACAGCCUCUACAAGUAUGAUGACUUUGGUUUCAUCGGCUUCGACUUGUGGCAGGUCAAGGGCAACACCAUUUUUGACAACGUCAUCAUCACUGAUGAUGUGGCUGAGGCGGACAAGUUUGUGGCAAAGUGGAAGGCGCUGAGUGAAAUUGAGAAGGCCAAGAAGAAGGAGGAGGAUGACAAGAAGGCUGAGGAAGCCAAGGCAGCAGCCAGCAGCGACUCCAAGGAUGACGACGAUGACGAUGAUGCUGAUUCUGAGGAUUAA